UUUGUUUGCUUUUUUUCUGUCACUUCUUAUUCUUGCUCUCACACACACACACACACAUAUAAAUUUUCUUUUUUCAUAUUUUUUCUUUUAUCAAUAUGACCACACUAACCACCGCCGCCGCCCACGCCAACGACGAUCUUUCUGCCUUUAAGGUCUCGGCCCAGAUUGCGCCCGCUGGUUUGUCCUCCGACGGCUUUCUUGUUCUGGACCCCGUUCGUGCCCGCACCGCGGAUUUCCUAGCUUCCGAGGUCCCUGCCACUGCUUCCCCUUGGUCGGUUUUCCCUGCUUGGGUCCAGGAGGCCCUUAAGGUUGUUUUUAACAACCUUAAGAACCAUUAUCUCGAGUCUGUUUCUGCCAAAAAACAGAUAGAAAAGUUAGAAGACUACCGUACUUCAACUUCUUCAUGGCCGCAAUUCGUCCUUGCUGCUGUCCCUGGCCCCGCCUCUUUUUCGGUAGACUCUACCGUAGUCUCCGAGGAAGAACGUUCUUCCAUGUCAGCUGCUAUCCAGCAAGCUGUCGAUGCCGCCCACCUCGUUGUUUUCCAACAGGCCUUACAGGCCAAGAAAUUGGCUUGGCAACGUCACUACGAUCUGGCUGACUCCUCCCGUGCGCUCCGGUCUCUCCGCUGUCGGUUUUUUGAAAACCUUCAGGCCAUGGGUAUUUUGGCGGACAAUCAAAAUCCAUAUCUAGGUUUGUUGUCCCGCUCGCUGUCCCAUCUUGGAUAUAUGAUUCAAGAUCUGGAUACCAAGACUCGUUGGGCGUCUGUCUCCGCUGCUCGCGCUCGGGAUAAGAAGGAUGCCGCCCGUUCUGCCGCCGAUAUCGUCAUGAGUGACACGUCCGUCGCCUCGAAAUCGGUUGAAAAGUUGGUUGAUGAACGACUAACGCAGAAACUCAAGUCGCUCAGCCUAUCGGGAAAAGGCCCCCGUCCCGGGUCCCUGGCUCCGCCCAGGGACGGAUUCAAAAAGGAGUCAAGGCUCCAGGCAAGCCCACCACCAAGUCCGCUGCCAAGACCAACAACAACAACAACAAAAAACGUUUGGCCCCCGCCCCCACCCCGUUCAAGUCCCUCAAAAGGGCAAAAAAUCCCUCCUCCGCCUCCCCCUCCAAAAAGAAAAAAUAAAUAAAAAUAAU